AUGGAUAUCUCCGCCCCAAUGAGACCGCUCUCCAAUUCACGCCCUACGCAAGCCUAUUACGUGCCGCGUCGACUUCUGGAGGGUGGUCGCGGUCUAUAUCCGGUUAGCACAGACGGUAAAUCCGUGGAAGGUUUCGCCGGUCAACCGGAUGGACUGCAGAUUACACCAAGGCCACGAUCAAGCAAUGAGGUUCGAAUCUCGUCGAAAAAAACCGUACUCAAAACUCAUAUCGAACCACGUCCUUUAAUGGCUGAUCUCCUGCCGAAAAUCGAUUCUCAUAACCAGGAGAAGCGUCGUGCACCAAGAAUCACUGAACAACAACCUCCGGCGACACCAAAUUGUCGGACCACUCAGUCGAAGCCGUUCACCCCUAGAAUCGUUAACGCUCCUCGCGGACCACUAACCAGGCCGAAUACGUUCUGUCCACUUCCAUUUCCACUAAAAGGCGUAUGUAUAUGCGAUCGGCCGAAGGUACAUGUUGUCUGCAAGCGAUGUGGUUACGAAUGGGUGGGUCGUGUAGAACUGGUAUGCGACGUGCAUCCUAACUCACUCUCACUAAUGGACAUGCGUGAGUGUGCUAAUCCCAUCUGUAGGAGCAUACAGAUCUACGAAUCCUAUCCACUUGUUGGUAACAGCACCUCCGCACUACUACCGUACUCUCUGAACAUCUAA